UUGGGAUUUGAUUGCCUACGAAGAUAAGUCUUUAUACCUGAGAUACCUUUUACGAGGGAAUGUCCGUCCUCACGAUCCAACAUGUGUUAGUGUAGACUGAAGAUUUUGAAAAACAAUUCAAGGGAGUCACUUUGUCGCUGAAAAAACACGAGAAAGGAGGAGAUACAUUCUGUGAUACAGUCUGAGUCAUAGUAGUUGGUGUUGCAUAGAAGGAAUGGAAGGGCUAAGGGAGCUGGAAAGGGUGCAGAGAAUUAUAGAGCUGAUGGAAUCCCAUGGCAUCUUGAACCCCAACAACAACAUUAAUCCUGACUCCAAUCGUUUCCUUGCAAAUUUCACCCACUUCUUGGUUCAAACUUGCAGCGAGCUUGACAUGGAAAUCAAGUGCCAACUGAUUUCAGAGUAUAUGACAAAGAUUUCAACUUUAUUUCUGGAGGAAGCACUGCAAUGUAUUGGGGAAGAAGGUAAUGAACAUAUUGGAAAUGCUGUGCCAGUACAGUGUGAUGAUGAGCAAAAUGUUGAUCCAUCACAAGACAACUUCCUAGAUACUGCUGCAAUUGGGCUGGACUCCAUGCUUCGAGCAAAUUCUACAUUGGAAGAUUUUUGUAGGUCAUAUUUUAUGUUUCAUAAGAUGGAUGUUCACCAGCCGCAGUUAAUAUUCAAAUACUUACCAAUACUUUCAUUUACAGAGAGUUACAUUUAUCAGUUGGAUACUUUGAAUGAGAAGCUACUUCAGUCACCAGCUUACGGAGUUCAGCUUGGGGAAAUAGAAUCCUAUGUGGGUUGCCAAACAGAGGGAAGAAGGGCAAUCAGAUCCUUGAAGAUGUUGGAAGCUGACCCAUUUAAACCACUUCUUAUCCUACUUGAGCAUCAAGGCCUUCUCACGGAGCGGAUAAGAGAAGAGCUUUGGUCUGGGGUAGAGUACUGGAGUCUUGAAAGAAAACUAUGUUGUCAUCCCUUGAGUGGAAGUGAGAGUAGUGUAGGAGAUGUGAUGAGGGCUAUUCAUCUGAAAUCCUUUGAUUAUCGGGUACUUAAUCUGCUGCUGUAUCAAUUGCGGGGUGAAAAGGUGAAUGAAUUGCAUAUGGAAUUCCUAUCAAUAUCAGAGUUCUUGGUUGAGCUAUCCGAUGAUCUGUUUGACUAUGAGGAUGAUGUGUUGGAGAAUAAUUUCAAUAUAUUGCGCAUGUUUGUCAGAAUAUAUGGAGCUUCCAGGGCACCAACCAUGCUGGCAAAACGUAUCACCGAAACUGAGGAGAAGUAUGAGAACAUGUUGAAAUCUUUGGAUCCUGAAUUGGCCAUGAAUUAUCAGAAAAGGUGUGAAGAAGCUACAAAAGAAGGUGGGAAGAUAUCGGGUCCUUCUCUUGGGACAUGGAAUAUUCCAACCAUAAUUGAAGACGAGGAUUCUUAUCGAUGCAAAAUCUUGAAUGUUAAGCCAACAACUGUAGUUCAGGCAGAUGUUGACAAGUGCUAUAGUUCAUAAUCUCAAUCUAAUGAGUCUGCCUAAAUUGUGUAAAAUUGAUCCGGGACUAGUUACACUUACUGUAGACUGACUUGGACACAGAAAUGGUUCUUGGUAGUUUCCCAGAUUUUAACCUAGAAGUGUUUAUGUUUUCCUGCUGAGGAAUAUUGGGAUUUGGGGGACUUGGAUGGCUGCCUUUGUAUUCUUUUUCCAAACGUUUCCAUCACUUGCUGUUUUGUGGGUGAUGAAGGAUUAUGGGAUAAAGGAUUCUUGGACUUGGUAACUAUGGAAUUAUCAGUUGAUUAUCCGGAUGGAGUUUUGGUCCAGAUUUGCAUCCCCAUUGGAUAUUCAAAGAGAAACAGUGAAAUAUGUUUUCAGAACGAUCAUGAGCUUCUAUGGUAUGACACUGAACAAACGAUUGUCCAAAAUGGGCAGUUUGGAUGGUGACCCAUUUAUGAUGACUGGAUGUCAAUGCCUUGCCAGCCUCGUUCAGCCAAGCAAAGGAGUCGAGCGCAAUCCUCGAUUUUGGGAAGGAACUGAUAAAGAAAACCUCCCAAGAUCCCGCAGAAUCGCUUACUAUGGAAGUAAAGAAAAGAGGAAGAAUUUCACAAUCACGGCUUGCUAUCAAAAUGUGCUAGCUAGCAAAUUAUCUGUAUAACUGCAUUGGAAUGUUUUUGGCAGUGGUUUGUUUCCUUGUUUUCGUGCUAAGCUUUUACAAUUCAAC